AUGUUGUUGCCACACUUAUUGUUGCCACAACCACUGCUGCCACACUUGUUGCUGCCACAACUGCUGUUGCCACACUUGUGGCUGCCAUACCUACUUCUACCUGCUGAUGCUACAGAUGUUGCCGCCACACCCGCUGCUGCCACACUCGCUGCCGCCACACCCGCUGCCGCCACACCCGCUGCCACCACACCGGCUGCCGCCACACCCGCUGCCGCCACACCCGCUGUCGCCACACCCGCUGCCGCCACACCUGCUGCCGCCACACCCGCUGCCGCCACACCCGCUGCUGCCACAACUGCUUCUUCCACACAUGCUCCUACCACACCUAUUGCCACCCGUGCUUCUGCCACCCGCGUUGCUUCCACCUGCACUGCUGCCUUCCUUGUUGCUACCAUACUUACUGUAGUUGCUCCCUGCGAGAUGCACCGGUUGAACAGCGUUGUGCAAGCGAGGCAGGAGAAAAAGGGCGAGGAGGAGGGCAAAGUGGAGGGCAACGAGGGAGUGCGCGAGGAGGACGAGGAGCGGGCGAGGAGGAGGGCAAGGAGGAGGGCAAGGUGGAGAAUGAGGAAGAGGGCGAGUAGGAGGGUGGCGAGGAGGGCGAGGAGGAGAGCGAGGAGGAGGAGGGUGGCAAAUAGGGCGAGGAGGAGGAGGGCGAGGAGGAGGGUGAGGAGAAUGCCGAGGAAGACUCUUCUUCUUUCUUCGUCUUCGUCUUUCUUCUUUUACGCCUUCCUCCUGCUUCCCCUCCUGCUUCCCCUCCUCCUUGCCACUCAUCUUGCCCGCCCCGUCCGCUACUUCCUCGCCGCCCGCCCCCCCGCUUGCUUCGCCGCCCACCCUGCCACCCGCCCCGCUACCCACCCCCCCGCCGCCGCCGCCGCCGCCGCUGCCUUCUUCUUCUUCCGCAUCCUCUCCACCUCUACCUCUCGUCAAAAUUUGUUCAGCCUUCCCCCUUGCCCCUCCCUCCCUUUUCCCCCACCUUCCCUCCCUCCAUUUGGCCAUGCCAUGCCUCUCUAG